CCGACAUCAUCGCUUCACUAGUACUGGUGCUGGAGUGGUGUCUGUCAGCCAACGCAACUUCUUACCAGGACGACCAUCCAGAACCACAACUGUUCGACUACUUGCUAGCCUCAACGGUGUACCAUGUUUGACGAAAGUCAGCCACCCUCUCCGAACCAGCCGGUUGUCGCGUUAGCUCCUCUGGAACCCGAAUGGCAGCCAAUCUUCCAGGCCUCUAAUCAGAUCGUGUUGUAUAAUCCAACAUCUCAUGCUCUGUCUAUAACAAAGACCUCUGGUUCACUAGAUUUUCCAGGCUCGUCAUCGUGUCCCUACUGCCAUCGUCCUCUUCCCAAUGGAUUCGAUAGAAAUGACUCUUCUGACAAUAUUCGGUCCGAUUUUGGAUCACACUCCCGAGCGUCAAAUUACUUCCAGCUUCUUGCUGCCGCAAAUCAGACGUCCUCAAGGCAGUCUAGCCCCCCUUUGAUGAGUGGCAGUGGGAGCCGACAUGGUGCUUUCCCUCCAGAAACUAUGGCAGAAGGUUACUUUAAGGCUUUUUUCCAGGAAGAGUAUCGAUUAGGAAUGGGGGCAAAUGGAAGUGUAUAUCUCUGCCAGCAUGUUCUUGAUGGGGAACCACUUGGACAUUUUGCCGUUAAGAAAAUUGCGAUAGGAGAGUCCCACUCUUAUCUGCUCAACAUACUGCGAGAGAUUCGCCUUCUCGAGUCUCUGCACCAUCGCAAUAUAGUAACGUAUCAUCACGCAUGGCUAGAAACUUAUCAGUUCUCUGCUUUUGGUCCGAAAGUGCCCACCCUACACGUUCUCAUGCAAUGGGCCGAAGGUGGAAGUUUGGAUGAUUUCAUUGAACUUCGCCUGGGACGUUCAAUUGGACUUCCACACAUGCAAUCCUCUUCAUCGCCUGCUCCUGACGAUCCGACUCCAUCUGCACGCAUCCGUGCAUUUCGUGCGAUGAAGCGUGCCCCACCAGAGGAACGCGAGCGAUUACGCCGAGAAAUGGAGGACCAAAUCCAUAGCCGCAGGAAUCAUCCCUCAUGGAAAGCUGUCCAUCUUCUCAGUGCAGAGGAAGCGCGAAGUUUGUUUGCUGACGUGACACACGGAUUAGCCUUCUUGCAUGAUAAAUCUAUUCUUCAUUUGGACCUCAAACCUGGUAACGUGCUACUGACUUGGGAUGAGGGAACGCUCAUCCCUCGAGCAAUGUUAUCGGAUUUUGGAACCUCCCGAGAUAUGGUACGGUCGAGUGGUGUUCGAUCAGGUAAUACGGGAACUCUCGAAUACGCUUCGCCAGAGUCCCUUCCAUCACCUCUUACAGGAGUUCUCCGACAAGUUGACUCGAAAUCUGACAUGUGGUCUCUUGGGAUGAUCCUGCACAAGAUGCUUUUCUUCAAGUUACCCUUCCGCUACGCAACAGAAGGAGAAGCCACCGCAUACGAUGAAGCCGACAAGAUGGACAAGCUAGAGCAGGAAAUUUUGGGCUAUACUGGAUUCCGAUCAACGUCUGCACUUGCAACAUCUUUCGAGUCCCGCAGUCUCCCGCGUUCGUUCCUGAUAUUGCUCGAAGGCCUCUUGAGCAUCAACCCCUCUUCGAGACCCUCGUGCGAGCGCAUAGUGAGCGCUAUCCGAGAAGGACGAUUUGAUCCUGUGGCGCCAUUCAUCCCUCCUUCCAACAAGUCUCUCAUCCCACUGCGACGAAUACCUGACGAAUCUGGGACCGUUCAGAACGAACAAACACCCCCUGAUGCUUCCCUGACGCCUGCAGAACACAAGCAGGAAGAAGUUGCCCAGGUAUUGGACAGGAAAAGUCCCAUGCUUCGUCUUCCUUCUCCACGUCCCGAUCGUCGGGCUGACGUUGCGAACUUGAUCGUAGAGAAUCUUACUUUCUUACGCUGGCGAUCACCGAAAAUCGCGUGGGUUAACACACUGAAAGCCUGCAUCCUUGCUGCGAAGACAUUGUCGGCAGUAUCUAUGUGGCCCUCCCGCCCGGUCCUCCUCGGCAUAAUAGGACUUCUUGCCGUUCUAGAUACGAUGUUUGAUGGUCUCGAAGCUUCUUUGGUGCUUGGGGUGCUGCAUCUGGCGAUAAUUCGGUGGUGCUGAAUUGGAAUUUGAUGCAUUGAUGACCCAAUUAUCUCUCGAGUUACAUGAUUAUGAUGUGGUAUCGCCACUUUCAAUAUUGCGCGCCGCAGUUAGUUUCAGGAGCUACUGAUCGGUAAAAGUGCCAAAAGUUGCUGUACAAUAUCAUACCGCGUUGUAUACACUAUUGCGACUGUUUUACAUACGGGAAGCGGGCACUACUUAGCCUCCGAACGUCGUUUAAACAAUGUCGUCG